UUACUGGCACUCCAGCGCACAUAUCCUGGGUGAAGCUAUGGAGAAGGUGUAUGGAGGCUGCCUGUGCUACGGCCCCCCCAUCGAGAGCGGCUUCUACUACGACAUGUUCUUGGAGAGCACUGCUGAUGGUGUUUCAAGCAAUGACUUCCCAGGACUGGAGACCUUGUGCAAGAAAAUUAUCAAGGAGAAGCAGCCCUUUGAGAGGCUGGAGAUAAAGAAGGAAACUCUGUUGGAAAUGUUCAAGUACAACAAGUUCAAGUGCCGCAUUCUCAAUGAGAAGGUGACCACUCCCACCACCACAGUGUACAGAUAUCAAAGUACCAUGGCAAACUACAGCAGAGACAGGACAAUAACUGACAGGAUGGACAAAGGGAACCUCACAGAGGUAGAGCAUCAUCCAUGGCAUACACGAUAUACAUGAUACGCGGUAUGUAAACCAUCCUGCACAUACUACAAUACAACACAUUAUAUACAUAAAAUAUGUAGUACAUCACAUAACUUUAUUUUGGGUUUUCAAUUGUUU